AUGUCACAAUUUGAUACAUUUCUUGAUACUUAUAUUAAUGAUAAUUUAAAUACAAAUGUUACUAAUAAUAAUUCAAAUAAUUCAAAUUACAAUCAACAAAGUCAACAACAACAACAAUAUCCUCAACAAUAUCCUCAACAGCAGUACAAUCAACAACAUCAACCAGCCUCACCUACAAUUAAAAGAGAAAAUUUUGAUGAAUUUAUAAGUGGUUCACUAGAUAUAAAAAGACAACUAUCACAAUCUUUAGGAGGUGGUGGUGGGAUAAGUGGUGGGAUAAGUGGGAAUAAUAACUCAUAUACUAAUACUAAUGCUUAUCAACAUCAUCAUGGAGGAAUUUCUAAACCUCAUUCAAGAAGAAAUUCAACAUAUAUAAGAUCACAUGAAGGUAGUGAUAAUGAACAAGAUUAUGAAGAAGAUGAUCAAAUUGACAAUAACAACAGCAAUAAAAAUAGAAAUAAUAAACAUCGAGAUACAAAUGAUGAUGAAAAUGAACAAGAUAAUGAAGAUGAUGAUAAAGAUCAAGGAAAUGAAAGGAAAAGAAGAGAUAAUAUAAAUGAUAAAAUUCAAGAAUUAUUAACCCUAAUACCUCAAGAAUAUUUUAUAACAAAAGAUGAAUCCACUAGUACAAAUACUUCAAAAAUAAAAAAAGAAUCAAGUCCUCCUCCUUUCACAAAUGAAAAAUCACCAAGUGAAGAAGAUAUAAAUAAUACAGUUAGUAAAACAGGAACAAAAGAUGGUAAACCAAAUAAAGGACAAAUUUUAACAAAAUCAGUUGAAUAUUUACAAUAUUUACAAAAUUUAAUUGAUGAAAAUAAUAGAAAAGAAGUUGAAUUAAUUAUGAAAUUAGAAAAUUUAAAAUUACAAAAAAAACAAAAUAAACUAAAUAAUAGCAGUGGUAAUAAUAAUAAACAAAAUUUACCAAUACGGAUUGGUUAUACAUCUGCUGAAAAAGCAUUAGGAGAAAUUGGUGUUGGACCAUGUUCAGAAGAAUAUUUUAAAGAUGUUUUAGUUAAAAGUGCAAAUUCAAGUAAAUCAAGUAGGAAAAGUCUACAUAAUUAA